AUGAAAUUCAUCAAAUUAGCUCUGAGUUUAUUCUUUUUAGAAUUGUCAUACCUUAGUUCGGCCUAUGACUUUUCUGAACUUAGCAACAUCAAAAGUCAUCCUAGAUUUAUUCUUACAAAAGAAAGGGUCGCAGAAAUCAAGUCUUAUAAUGAAACCGAUUCUUUUUUUCAACUGUAUUUGAACAAUCUCAUCCUAGAUGCAGAUACUGGAACUAAUACCAAUAUUUACAAUGGCACAUCAGUGGUUUAUGCUAAUGUUUUAAGGAUUGCCACUGCAUAUCGUCUCACAAAUGACUCAAAGUACUCGGAUUGGGUCGAGCAACAGCUACUUUCCUUAGCUCGGCUUGAUACCUGGUACACAACCCAAUUCCUAGACACCGCAAUUUUGGGUCAGACUAUUUGCUUAGCUUAUGAUUCAUUUAGAGUGAUUUCUUAUGAAUACUUGACUAGUCAGACUAUUUGCUUAGCUUAUGAUUGGAUUUAUGAUGCCUUGAACGACACUGUAAGAGAAGAAAUAGAAACUGCUAUCACCCAUAACUUCGUUGAUGCCGGGCUAGGGGUGACUAUUGCAGACAAUUGGUCAUACCACACAAACAAUUGGGCAUUAAUUUGCGACGGCAGUCUUUUAUUGGGAGCUUUAACUGUUAUAGACUCCAAUAGACUGAAAGCAGAAGACCUUUUAGAUUUCGUUCUUCCAAAGUUAGAGCUAUCUCUUCAGGCAUUGGCUCCUGAUGGUGGCUGGUAUGAGGGCUAUAGUUAUGCGUUAUAUGGUUUUUCAUACUUGGGCUUGGUAUUAUCCGGCAUAGAUACUGCAAUUGGAUAUGAUUGGGGCUUAGGACUAACCAGUGGAUUAGAUGAAAUUAAUGCCUGGAUGGCCAUGUUGUUGGGAUAUAAUUUUAAUAUCUUUGGAUGGGGAGAUGGAACAUCCCAAUUCACAGCUACUGGUGAAUUAUGGACCAUUGCUUACUUAGAUCAAAAGUCUGGAGAGUCUGGAAAAAAGAGGUAUCUUAAAACUUUGCUAGAGAGAUACUCAUUAGCGAGGUUGUCUUCGGACUACAGAGGUGCUCUAUGGUAUUACCCUCCCACGGAGACACUUCAAGACUACUCUAGGUUAUUUGUAGGAAACAACACGCAAACCGUGACAUAUAGAACCUCUUGGUCAGAUAGUGAUAACCCUUGGUUUCUUGCCCUUAGAGCAGGUAAUAAUGGAUUAUCACAUGGCCAUCUCGAUAGCGGUAGCUUUAUGUUGGAGACGGACGGCUAUAAUUGGACUGAGACUUUAGGCUCUGAGACCUACAGUGUUGCAGGAUACUGGGAUGAUAUGCAAAGAUGGAAUUAUUACAGAACCCAAACGCAAGGAGCAAACACAUUAGCAAUUUCCGAUAAACGCCAAAAUAAUCUUGAAUUUGAGAACCAGGUUAUCAAUGCAAACAAUAGCCUUGUUUCUUCCGGUAUCACUACUGAUGGGUUUUAUGCAGUUGUUAACCUUAGCGAAUCAUAUUCUCAUGCUGACUCAGUAUUACGCGGAAUCAAGUUAAAUGGCAAGAAUCAAAUGAUUUUGAGAGACGAAAUUAAAGCUGCACGCCCUCUUGACUCGUUAACAUCAUGGCACACCAGGGCAAAAAUUACUUUAUUAUCAACUAGGCUAGCGAGAUUGGAAUUCAAUGGUACAUAUCUUUAUGUGAACAUUGAUUUACCUGAAAGUGCCGAAUUUGAAGUCGUUACUGCUAAUCCUUGUACUGGAAUUAGUAGCUGUGUCCAAACCCCAAAUACAGGGAUCUCGAAUCUCGUCGUUAGAAAUCCUAAUUUGAUGAACUCUUCUACUAUUCAGGUGUCUGCAUAUAAAGACAACGCUAGCUACUUCUUUGAAGAGGCUGCUUUGGAAGACUGGAAGCUUCUUUGUACAAAGGAAUGUAAGACUUACAAGCAGGACAUAGAUUUUUAUUGGCUUAAAAAUAUUGAAACUUAUUAUUGA